AUGAGGAUGGCACAGGAAGUGUGUGGCUCUGUCCGGGUGGUGGUGCGGUGCCGUCCGCUCCUAUCAGGAGAAGAAGGUGACGCGUGUUCCCGAGUUCAUUUUGAGGCAGAAGGCGGCAAUGUGCUCGUGGACGGCAAGGCUCAGGAGGGGACACGCUGCUUUACCUUUGAUCGCGCCCUGCCACCGAACUCCACGCAAGAGGAUGUCAUGCAGGAAGUAUCACCGAUGAUUGAGCACGUCCUGAAGGGCAUCCACGCCACCGUGUUCGCGUACGGGCAGACGGGUAGCGGAAAGACAUACACGGUGGAGGGCAUCGACUACCUGCGGCACGGCAGUGGGAAUCCCAGGCCCAGCCUCAAAACGGAUCCCCGGCAACACGGCAUUAUUCCUCGUGCCAUCCAGCUUGUGUUUGAUCGCGCACGGGAGAUGCAGUUGGAGGACGGAAACCUGCGGUUCCAGUUCUGCUGCAGCUUCUAUCAGAUAUACAACGAGCGCGUGAUGGACCUGCUGAACCCUUCCACGACGCACUCGCCGAACACCGGGCUGAAGGUCGGCUGGUGCCGCGGCGACGUCUUUGCCGUGGAGAAUCUUUUCAUCUGCAACUGCGAUGAGCCGGAGAAGAUGCGUCGAUGCUUCUUCUCCGGCACGAAGGAGAAAUUCAUGGGAAGCCACGCCAGAACCAGCAGUCAUCG